ACCUUGAAGCCUGCCCAACGAUCGUGGGCAGGAGGCGGCUUCUUGUUUUUUGGGGCGUGUGUGUUUAGGGGGACUGAGGGGUGCGCGGGGGCGAAACAGAACCGGCCAUGGCAGCAGCAGAAGAGGAGGACGGGGGCCCCGAAGGGCCAAACCGCGAUCGGGGCGGGGCGGGCGCGACCUUCGAAUGUAAUAUAUGUUUGGAGACCGCUCGGGAAGCUGUGGUCAGUGUGUGUGGCCACCUGUACUGUUGGCCCUGUCUUCAUCAGUGGCUGGAGACACGGCCAGAGCGGCAAGAGUGCCCAGUGUGUAAAGCUGGUAUCAGCAGAGAGAAGGUUGUCCCGCUUUAUGGGCGAGGGAGCCAGAAGCCCCAGGAUCCCAGAUUGAAAACUCCACCCCGCCCCCAGGGCCAGCGACCAGCUCCAGAGAGCAGAGGGGGAUUCCAGCCAUUUGGAGAUACCGGGGGUUUUCACUUCUCAUUUGGUGUUGGUGCUUUUCCCUUUGGCUUUUUCACCACUGUCUUCAAUGCUCAUGAGCCUUUCCGCAGGGGUGCAGGUGUGGAUCUGGGACAGGGUCACCCGGCCUCCAGCUGGCAGGAUUCCCUCUUCCUGUUUCUCGCCAUUUUCUUCUUUUUCUGGCUGCUCAGUAUUUGAGCUAUGUCUUCUUCCUGCCCACCUCCAGCCAGAGGAGAAUCAGUAUUGGGGGUCCCUGCUGACCCUUCCUUACUUCUGGAACCCCAUUCCCUGACCCCUCCAUUUCUGUUGGCUGAGGCCACUCUCCAGGAGGGCAUGGGAAGGAGCAGCAACAACUGUGCAUAGGAUGAGAGACCCGCCUCUGAACUCUCUCACUCUCUUGCUGGGUAAUAGUCCAGCCCUGUGGAAGGAGGGCAGACUGAAAAGAGUGCCCUUUUUCCUCUCACCUAAUGUUUUGUUUCCCCUGAUUUCUUGAUUUGAUGUUGAAAGGUGGGCAAGGCUCCCUCUGACUUUCCUCCAUUCCUUUUGUGAUUUAAUUUAAUUUUUCUCUCCCCAGUGCCUAAUAUGAGUUUUGACUUUAAACACCCCCCCCCACUACCUCCUUUAUUACAAGUUCAAUAAAAAAGGUAAAAUGUA